UGUCGAUGAGGUGUGACUAGACCGGACUGGACGUUGGGUUACGGUGGUGAUCCGCGGUUUACAGUGAAGUUUCGGCUGUAGUUUCGGGACAGAAGUGAUCUUCGACGCCAACUCCUUGCCUGUUUGCUUGUGAUAGAUAAGAGAACUACUUCAGCCACACCUGCGUCGAGUUUUUACCAUGGCGAACCCCAAUGAAGACACGCAGUGGAACGACGUUCUUAGGCAGAAGGGAAUCCUGCCGCCCAAGAAAGAGGCGGAGAAAACUUUCACGGAGGACGAGAUAGUGAAUAUCGUGGACUCAACAGUUCGAGAAAAGCUCAAUGGUGCUGAAAAGGCAAUGGGAGACAUGACCCUGGAAGAACUUGAAGAACUUGAGGAUGAAGAAGAUGAAAGAGUACUUCUGGAAUACAGACAGAAGCGUCUUGCAGAGAUACAGGCUACGAUGCAAAAGUCUCGAUAUGGUGACGUGCGGGACAUCUCUGCAGACGACUAUGUGGAACAAGUGAACAAGGCUGGCGAAGGUGUUUGGGUCGUCCUCCAUCUCUACAAACCUGGCAUUCCAUACUGCACACUAAUCAAUCAGCAUCUCAACCAACUAGCGCCGAAGUUCAGGAUGACCAAGUUCCUAAGGAGUGUGUCGUCCAAUUGCAUCCCAAACUACCCAGACCACAACCUGCCGACCAUAUUCGUGUACCGCGAUGGCCAGCUGAAGAAGCAGUUCGUCGGACCUGAUGUGUUUGGAGGCAUGAAGUUGAAAGUAGACGAGCUGGAGUGGAUGCUUGCAGAAGUUGGUGCAGUCGAAACUGACUUGGAAGAGGAUCCCCGGCCGAAGACUAGGGAUGUUCUCUUAAGCACCCUGAAGGCGAACUAUGAUGACGCUAAUGACUGGUGAAGCAAACCGCUCUCCCAGGCUCUGAAACAUCUUUAUCUAUUGGACAUUUUGGUCUUUCAUGCACCACCGCUCUCCCAGGCUCUGAAACAUCUUUAUCUAUUGGACAUUUUGGUCUUUCAUGCGACCUUACCUUAAUUGUGGAGUGAUGUGGACAUCGGUGUGAACUGUAAAGAUCGACACCGCCUUUCUACAUUGUUCAUUUCUGGCCAAAGCAACCUGUGCUUAGUGUUAAAAAAAUAUUGUGUGCCUGUUCUCUGUGCCUUUUUAAUGUAGUAGCAGAAUGGCCUUUACUGUGCAAUUUUCUGCCAGUUCACUGGAGACGGCAAACGUGCAUCAAUCAUUGGAAGGCACAGGUGACGAAAUUUUGUAACCCCUGAUUAUGCAUUUGUUCUGCAUAAGAAUGUUGCUUAAUAAUGGAGACCGUGGCGAACAAGCAUCCUGUCUUGAAUUGUGUGCCCAAACCACUGAUAAUGUUGCAAUGUCAUUGAUGUCAUGGCGUUAUUGCUUACUUAGGUGUCUUCUGUUCAACAAUGUUAUUAUUGCGAUAACAAUUAUAUGGACACUCAAAGAGGAUUUCUGCCGCCGUCGUCGCCGUGAGGUUCCGUAUGACGUCAACGGCAAUGAAAUCGUCACCGCACGCCGGACACUGUAUGUGCGAGUUUUCGAAAGGGCACAAGGGACGCGCACUUUCACGGGAAGCGAACGCACGGUGGAGAACAAACGCGCGUUCUGCGCCGUGCUUCCUGAAGGGCUGCAGAACUAAGCAUGUCUUUCCUCCUUUACAAUCACCAUAUAUAUAGAGCAAACGCGACUUCUUCCGUCGCGUGAAAGGCUGUGGGGGGACAGGAGGGAGGGAGGGGAGGCGUCGUUUAGCUGCGGCACCAAAUGCGUAUUUAUAUAAAAACAUUGCGAGGCAAGAAGGUAGAAAAGACUUCCGACGCUGCUCGACGAGUUUCCCGUUCUGAUAUCGUCGAAAACCUCCGAGCCGCCACUUUUCGUCGCAGUCCCACUUGUUGAACGUAGCGACCCGGUCGUAUGCCUCCAGCCAGCUUUCGGGGUCUUCACAUGGCGAACCACGGAAAGUCGGCGGCUCCCUGGGUUGUUGCAGAGGCCCUGGCAACAAUCACCAACGCUGCGCGCAUUCGGUGUGAACGCGGGCAAAACGUCGACGGCGUCGACAACAGUUCUGCGCGUUGCUGGUGCUGCUGCAUGUCCAAGUUUAUACAGCUGAUAAAACUCCUAUCCUUACUCCGUAUAGCUGUCUACUAAGUUGCUAUCGCAAUUGAUGCUUUGCCUUUCGGGUGAAACUGCGACAUUUUUUUUUUCAUAAUGCAUUGCAGUUCCUUGUAAUGCGGGGCAUUGGGAUGCGUAGGCUCGCCUAGACAUUGUAAAAACCUAUGUAGACCCACUGAACUGGUGUGGGAAACUUUGAAGUGGUGCCUUUGACAAUUGCAUCAUUUUCUCAUGUACCAAAAGUAACUGUUGUUUUCUUCUGCCCAUGUUCACAAAGAUGCAAAGGGUGGGUGAGAGAAUGAGAGGAGCAAAGGGAGCCAGAGAGGAUAACCAGAAUAACUUUCUGUUUGUUACCCUUCUGGUGAGCAGGAGGAAACCGGGUAGAUAAGGGUGAGAGAGUGAAAUGAAAGAGGGAAGAAUUGAUUGUCACAGAUAGGUUCGAGAAAGCAGCAGUGUAGGUGAAAGGAGCAAGAGAAUGAUAGUGAAUGUGUGUCAUUGUGUGUAGUGUGUGAAAGUCUUGAGCAGAGAAUCGAGGAACUCGGAAUGUGUAGCUUAAGUGCUUAGUCUGUAUUGCUGUGACUGUGAGAUGCAAUCGUGAGCACAAGAGUGCAGAAGGUUAUGCACAGUAUGCUGAGUGAAAGAAUUUUACUGAAGUCACUAGACAGUGCAGUAACAGCUCACUUGUGAUGAUUCACUGAGGAAUUAUUUACUUCAUGCAGUAUUGUCUAUGCUGUCCCAGCAUCACAUGUCAGCAAUAAUUCUGUAACACUGCUUACUUAGUGAAUGCAAAUGAUAUGCACACAUAAUUACAUGCAUAGGAAGAAAAUAGUUUUUCUAGGCACAUGGGUCAAGAAGAUUUGGUGUACAGCCGGUGCCAAAAUAUUAUGGGACGUGGGUUCCAUGAUUGAGGUUAAUUUCCUAAGAGUUUGUUCCUGCAGCUAAUAAAACCGUACAAUGGUAUCUUUUUUGCCCACGCUAGUUUAGACUGUAAAUCUGAAUACCAGGGUGCAUGCCAAGAAUGCAAAGAUAUUUGGAUUUUGUCACGCUAAUAAUACAUGGCAUUCUGCUGCUGAGUACAACGUAGAAGGCCAGUUUCCUGGUUUCGAACAUGCACCAAUCCAAUCCAAGAUUGCACAGACGUCUUUAUUCUUGAUUUAAGUACACACUGAAGAACCUCAUUAAAACAAAAUUUACAUAUCUCAUUACAAUGUACCUCGUGGCCCAGUUGGCGCUUUGGGAAAAGGAAACCAAACUACUAAUCAUUCUCUCCUGCAUGUCAGUGCUGCAUAAGUUGACAAUGCUGAUGUGUUUGCCAUGUUGGCAACGACUGUGCUAGAAUUUCAAAGUACUAGAAAUGUUUCAACACGAUCCUGCAGUAGAAGAUAAGUAUAAUGAGGAUGUGUAUAUCACUCGAAAGCAUCAUUUCAUUCGCAGUCAAUGCUGUAACCAAUUUGGCUCAAUACAAUGGCAAAAUCAACUCGUAAAACAUACCUUCAGAAUCAGUCUUGGCUCCUUGAAUCACUGUUUGCAUGUAGAGUGUAGCGUCACCUUUUUUAUCUCAUAUAAGUUUAAUAAUUGUUUUACAUUGCAAAACAUUUGUAAGGUAGUUAAUUUACAUAAAAUCUGAAUACUUAUUUUAAUGAAAUUUUGAACGAUAGUGCAUGAUGCAACAGGGGUGCUUGUAUGUACAACAUGUCUGGUGAUAUCGAGGUAUGCUUGUAAGCCUUCUCAUGUCACCAAGUGACACAAAGCAGAAAGCAGUGGACUAGGUGUAACGGUGCUCAGAACACGCAUAACAUUGAGUAAUGCCAACUUAAGUUGGCAACAAGUGGACUCAUGAAAAUAGAGAAAAAUUGACUGGCAAGCUAGGCUACUUGUCAUUGUGAAGUGGUAAACACUUGCCACUGCUUGUGCCAAGUUGCUCAUACCUGCGUCAUCUGCAGCAUACAAUUUGACAUAAGUGCUUGGUGGUGAGUACUAUAAUUAAUCUAUUUGAAGACGGGACGAUCAGGGGUGCGGAUAUUCUUGAAUUCAAUUGACUUGAGAGCUGUGCAACUCCCAGUCUUCUUGUCUGACUCGUAGAUCUGUGAUGUCAGUAAGAUCAAAUUAUUCUUAUUUGAUUCUGUCAACCUAAGAAAGCUCCUUCAAUCUUUUAAGUCUCUCUUUAUGCAUGACGAAAGAUCCAAGGGCUUUCUUUUAACCUCCUUUAUUAUUAUAGAGUAGUAAUAUCUUUUUGUAAUCUGAAUGCCUUGGAUAUGUAUUUCACACAGUAUUUUUAACUUGCUGAUAAGUAUUGUCCUCCUCCAUUUCACCCUGUGCUCUGGUUCAUGCCUUGUUGUGUUGUUGCAGAUAAUAUAAUAUAUUCAUUACACGGCACUCUGCAAGAGCCAUCUAGUGAAAUUAUGUUGCAGGGUUCUGUCUUUCGGCGUAUUGUUGGCUGUGCGUGAAUUUUCUGGAGACUGUUGGAUGCAUAUUUCAUUGUUCUAUUUAUUGUAAAGGGAAGUCGAAUAAAAAUUACACAAAGA